ACAAGAAAUUAAAAACUGUCUCUCUCCAAUCUACGCGGACUCCCCACGUCAACUCAUUUUCUCUCUCCUCUGCAACUUCGCCAUUAAGAUUUCUUCUUCUUCCUUUAAAUUAAAAAUCCCACAAUUUUUAUCUCUCUCUCUCUUCUUCUUCACAACAAUGGCGUCUCAAGAACUUCCCAAUCGACGACCAUCAUUAUACCCUGACAUCGAUCAAUCUAACCCUAGUUAUUCUUCCCCUUUUUAUUCUAAUAACCCUAACCCUAAUUCUAAUUCUAAUUCUAAUUCUCAACCUUCUUCUGCUUCUCUUUAUCCUUCAAUUCAUAUGCCAGACAUGGUCGAAAACCUCUUUCCCGACGAUUAUCGAAACCCUAACCCUAAUUCUACUCCGGGAACUCCUUCUGCUCCUCCUGAACUUGAACCUGAACCCGUUGAAGAAACCCUAAUCACCAUUCCUGGUGCAAUUGUUCAUCUUAUUGAUAAAAAUUACAGCGUUGAGCUCGCAAUUGGGAAUUUCUCGAUUCGCCGUAUUCGUCAAGGUCCAAAUAUCGUUGCAAUCUUUGCUUGCGUUUCUGAUGAGGUACAAUGGCCGUUGAUCAAGGAGGAGGCGAUUGUUAAAGUUGAUGAUUCACAUUAUUUCUUUUCGUUCUCGGAUUCGAACUCGAAAGAAGGCGGCGAUGUUUUGAACUAUGGAUUGAGCUUUGCUUCUAAGGGUCAGGAAGUUUUGUUGAAGGAACUAGAUGGGAUUUUUCAAACCUCUGGGAAUUUUUCCGUGCAGAGCGUUUCAGAGAAGAGUAGGGGAGAGUUGGCAGGGGUGGGUGUUGCUGGUGAGAUUUCGCCGGAGGAAUUGAAGUCGGAUGAGAAUAAAAGAGUGGCAAUGGAGAGGAGUUGUGGAGCGUAUUGGACCACAUUGGCGCCGAAUGUGGAGGAGUAUAGUGGGACUGCGGCGAAGUUUAUUGCCACAGGGUCAGGGCAUUUGAUUAAGGGGAUUUUAUGGUGUGGGGAUGUGACCGUUGAUCGGCUGAAGUGGGGGCAUGAGGUUUUAAAGAAGAGGCUUGACCCUUGUGAGAAGAAGGAGAUUGAUAAGAAUACUAUGAAGAGGAUUAAAAGGGUGAAGAGGAUGACAAAAAUGACCAAGCAGGUGGCAACUGGAGUGCUGUCUGGGGUUGUGAGAGUUUCUGGUUUUUUCACAAGUUCAGUUGCAAACUCAAAAGCUGGAAAGAAAUUCUUUAGCCUGUUGCCUGGAGAAAUGAUUUUGGCUUCUUUGGAUGGAUUUAAUAGAAUCUGUGACGCUGUUGAAGUAGCUGGAAAAAACGUUAUGUCAACAACAUCUACUGUGACUACUGGACUGGUGACACACAAGUAUGCUUUUCACUUCUUUUUCUUUCCUGUUUCUAAUCAGUAAUAGUAGAAGGCAACAUAUUCAGCUGUUCGUCUCUUUCUGGAGAGGAAUUCUUUGUCUAUCCCUGGUUUUCUGCCUUUUUAGUAUGACUUGAGCUUCAUAUAUUUCCAGAGCCUCUGAGGACUCACAUAGUCAUAUAUUCUUUAAAAAUUUGAUGGACACCCCAGUUGCCUGUGAAGGAUGCAGGCUAUGAGUGGCAGGGUAUUCUUAUCUGGAGAAUAACUCGGAAAGUUUAUGAACUUUGUAGAGGACUAGAGAAGGCUAGUUGCUUGAUCUGAUAUGGUUAAUGUUUAAGUGAAAUACACACGCUUUGUUAUAUUAGUGGCACCUAAUGACUAGUUAUAUUUAUCCAGUUGAGGCAUCUUCACUGAUUAAAUCUGCUUCCGACAGACUUAAAUUGGUUCAGUCUGCAGGAGAUAAGGAUUGAAACUUGAAAGUAUAGGUGGUUGAGUUGGAUCAAGACUAAGAAAGGGAGUCACUGAAAAUACAUGUACAUCGGUGUUAUAGGUGAAAAUCCAUAUCUAGACCCAUUCUAUGCACCCCCUUCCUCCAUCAUCUCUUUCCUACCGAAAAUACUGAAGUAAUGAGAUAGGUAAAUAACUGUUGCUUUAGUUUUUGAUGUGGCUUAGCGUCUUUGGACUCUUCUGUCUGGUAGAUGGUUUAAAAUUGCCGUAAUGAAAUUAUUUCAGUGUAAUUUGGAAGAAAAUCUCAUGGGAUAUUUAUGGUAAUAUUCCAUCCCCAACAAUGUGUUUUUAUCAUGAAUUUCCAUCAUCACUUAAUUAUACCUUCUAAAGUGGUUAUGGACAACCAAUGAGAUCGUGUGAAGAAAAGAGAUGUUUGGAGGUGAACACGUAUUACUAUUGACUGCCUUCCAAACCGGUCGUAGGAGAAUGACAUACUUUCUAGAAAUGGUUCUGACUCUCUGGACUCCGGCAAACCAUGAGCGACUUUGUUGUUUCGCUUUUAGUUUAUAUAAUUGGGAGAAAACUACUUGUAAGUACAUUUUUAUC